CGGACGGGACCGCGGUUCCCAAACCAGUUUGCCCACCCCUACUCUAUUCCACAAAUCCUUCUCCCAGAGACAAUCAGCCGUUCAACUCCAACUGGUCCGCCGUCUUCCGCGCCUUCCUCAGCCCGCAGAGCCGCAGUCCCACAGGUUACAGAAGACAGCCGCAGUGUUCAUCUCUAGUCAGGCACACCGCACACCGCAGCUUUAGUGGUCUUCUCCAGCCGGCCGACUCUUCUUUUAUCUUCACCGCCUCAAGCCUUCAAGCUUCAAGUAAUUGUGAAUUGCAACCUUGCAGGUGCAUUCCACAUAAUUUCAAAAAUGCAGGAAAAAUUGGUGGUGACAACUCUGAGAAAGUUGUUUAAGAGUGAUCCUGGUCUUGUUUCCUAAGUUUGAGUCCUAACGUAAUGAAAAAGGCGAUUUCAUUGGCUUCCAUCACCACAAAGUUUUUGAAAAUCAAAUUUCUUUUCUUCAGUGGUCCAAGAUUCCAGUGUUCAUUUUCUACUGAGAAUUGUCUUUAUCAUGUUGAAAAUAUCAAACACUCUGGACUCAUAGAGUUACUUCAAGAACCGUUAACAUGGGUUCAAAUUCAUUCCCUUGGUGUAACCAAGUCUCUUCAUGCACUCAUCAUCAAAAUUGGUUUUACCCUGGAACAAGUCAUUUUCCCUCUCAACAAUGUCUUAUCCAAAUAUGUCCUUUAUGGUGACGUGAAUGAAGCUCGAGGUUUGUUUGAUGAAAUGACACAUAAAAAUGCUGUGUCUUACAAUACUAUGAUUACUGCGUAUAGUCAAUAUGGGAAUGUAAGUGAAGCUUGGAAGCUGUUUUCUGAGAUAAGGAGGUGUGGAUUUGAUCCCACUCAAUUUACUUUUGGGGGGCUGUUGUCGUGCAAGUUCUUGAAUUAUCAUCAAGUGGCACAAUUGCAUGCACUGAUUGAAAAGACACCAUUGUUUCAUACUAAUGCUUUUGUAGGGACCUCAUUACUGACUACCCUUGGAAAAUGCGGGUGUAUACAUGAGGCCUGGCAGAUUUUUAAGAGCAUGCCUCGAAAGAAUUUGGUUACAUGGAAUUCAAUGAUUGUGUUGUUCGGACAACAUGGAUAUGUUGAAAAUUCGAUGAAAAUGUUCAUUGAGAUACUUAGAGAUGGAAGGGGUUUGUCGGAGGCCACGUUUGUUGGCCUUCUGUCUUGUUUUGUGGAGUUAUCUGAUGUGGAAUUAGGAGAACAGGUGCAUGGAGUUGCACUGAAGUAUGGAUUGGACAUUGCAAUUUCAGUUAAGAAUUCUCUAGUCAACAUGUACGCAAAAUGUUUUUGCGCACAAACUUCGAAUAAAAUGUUUGAGGAAGUGCCAGUGAAGGAUACUAUAUCGUGGAAUAUAAUAAUUGGAGCAAUGGCAAAUAGUGAUUCACCAGAUAAAGCAUUGAGUGCUUUCGUGGAAAUGUAUGCGAAUGGGUUCUCCGCAAAUGAAAUCACUUUCAUUAAUGUCCUUAAUUCAUGCACUAGGCUAAAGAGUAUAUCUGAUGGAGAAGCUUUGCAUGCACAGCUUUUCAAGAAAAGGCUUGAAAUUGAUGUAAGGGUUGGUAGUGCUGUAUUAAGCUUUUACGUAAAAUGCGACAAAUUGGAAGAUGCACAUCGUUGUUUCAAUGACAUAUGCGAAAAGAGUAUAGUUUCUUGGAACACGUUGAUGCUAGGAUAUUCAAAUAGAGGAUCUCCUGAUUCCUUUUUGCUUAUGCGGGAAAUGAUACGCCGAGGUUGUUAUCCAAAUGAUUUUUCUUUUUCUAUUGUCAUGAAGUCAUCACGCAUAGCAGAAUUAGUGCAGCUUCAUUCGUUGAUGAUAAAAACUGGUUACCUUGAGUAUUCUUAUGUAUUAAGCUCUCUUAUGUGUGGAUAUGCCAAAAAUGGCUUACUAUCAGAUGCACUGAACUCAAAAGCUUUUAAUGGCACACCAUUUGAUGUUGUCUCAACUAAUGUGAUGGCUGGAAUAUAUAACAGAUCCCGUCAGUAUGAUAAGACUAUGGAGUUGUUUUCCGCACUUGAGGAUCCUCCUGACAUGAUAUCUUGGAAUAUUUUGAUUGCUGCUUGUUCCAGAAUUGGGUAUCACAAAGAGGUUUUUGACCUAUUUCGACACAUGCAGAGAACUGGUGUCAUUCCCGACAAUUACACAUAUGUUAGCCUAUUCAGUAGUUGCACUGCACUAUGCAACUUGGGGUUGGGCAGCUCUCUUCAUAGCCUACUUAUUAAGAACGAUUCUAAUUCGUGCGACACAUUUGUCUGCAAUGUCAUGAUCAACAUGUAUGCAAAAUGUGGGAGCCUUGAUAGUUCAAUAAAGAUAUUUAAUGGUAUCACCAAAAGUAAUGUCAUUUCAUGGACUGCUAUUAUUUCAUCACUUGGCCUACACGGAUAUGCUUAUCAAGCAAUAGAGAAAUUUGAUGAGAUGAUAAUGAAUGGUUUUAAGCCUGAUGCGGUGGCCUUCACGGCUGUUCUUUCAGCUUGCAGGCAUGCUGGGUUGGUUGAACAAGGGAUGUCAUUGUUUAAGGAAAUGAAUUCCAAGUAUGGGGUUGAGCCAGAAAUGGAUCACUAUGUAAUUGCUGUUGAUUUGUUAGCAAGAUGUGGUCGUCUUGUAGAAGCGGAGGAGCUAAUUGAUAAGAUGCCUUUCCCUCCUAAUGCUUUGAUAUGGCGCACUUUCCUUGAUGGCUGCAAGAGGAAAAGAGCCAUACUUAUCUCUUAAAUCUAUUCAAUUCACAUUUUGAGUAACUGUGAAACUCCGUAAAGAGUUUACCAUGUCACCCCCCAACCGAAACAUCUUGAUCUCUUACUCUGAAGGAAUAUUUCUCAGAAUCACAAGUUCCAAGCUGCUAGACAUAGUAAGUGAAAGUGUGGUCUUGUGAACUCGAAUGAGGCAGACCGGCCGACCCAUCUGAAAGCCCAACUACAAGCUUUCUACUGCACCAACUUUUAAAUAUACGCUAUUGGAGGGCGGCUGCUGGCACCAACCUGGCACUGUCCACACUGAGGAGUUAGAUACUAUGGAAAGGCAUGAUAUGCGAAAAGGAGCUUAUCAUGGGGCUUAAAAGAAAAGUGUGCUUGCCUAAAACAAAAAUGAAACAUCCUCCAUUCUGGAAGAGGUCAGUCGGGCAAUCAGAUAUCUUAACCUGGUAAAGGAGCUUUAUAUGAGUUAGUGACAGGAGGAAAGUUAAAACCAUAUGGCCUGAUGACAGUAAUUUUUGAGGCUCUUAUCUUCUCAUUAUUCUGCUCUGGUCUACUCUUCUCCUCCAAGGCCAAUGAGGAGUAGCUUUGAAAACGGGCAACAAUUGGCGAGCCAUCCACUUUGAUUUCAUUUGUUUGUUCCUUGUCAUGUCCCUACAACAAGUGUGCUUGUUGUUUACAGAUUUUAAAACAAAACAAUUUCUCUUGUGUUCCCAAGAGUCAUAAAGCAAAAACUUGCAACCAUCUACACAUUUAACACCAAGCCUUUGACUUCUUUUUUUGUCACUAAUAAAAUAUGUCAAAUUUCUACAUUGAGCCACAUCAUAUUGAGUUACAGCCUCUCUAAGAGGCUAAAUUUAUCUCUUGUACCAAACCUUAAGCCAACACACCACUGCAGAUUAUUAAAAUCAGUUGAGUCGUUCACAAUUGGUGCCUGACACUUCUUCUUCUUCCCUAAAAUAUCAUCUUCUUCACUCUCUCUUGGGGAGUCAACUUCACCAUCACUAUCCUCAUAUUGUGAAACAUAUCCACCAAGUUCAUUCAUGUUUUUCAGCGUCUAGUAGAUCUGCACCCCUUUCUAACGAAUCAUUAACCUGCUUUACUUCCUCACAUUUUUUGAAAUUCCAAUUUUGUAUCCUUUGCCUUGCUUCUAUCCAUUCUUCAUCACUGGAAUGACCUUCUUCACCAUCAACUGAUUCAAUGAAAUGCUGCAUAAUGUCCUCCUGCUCUUCAUCAUGCAUAUAUGUUUGUAUCUCUCCAGAGUUAUCAUCCCCCCCUUCAGAAAAAAGGACUUCACUAGUGUAUUGGGUUGGCACAUCCUUAUGGACAAUAUACAAGUCAACCAUGCUUGCUUCCAUGCCUAACCUUCCUAUUUCAGCAACAUCAUUGUCACUAUUUAUUUGAUACAAACCCGUACUUAAUGACUCUCCAGGGACAAGGUCUGAAUAUGAUACUCUUGGUACUUCCGUAAAAGCUGCUGUUGUUUAUUUUUUAACGGCAUUAGUGAAGCUUGUGUGUCUUGCAACAUUUCUUAAUGUUUCCGAAAGUGAUACUUUUGAGCCAUAUCAGGAAUUGUUGAAAGCUCUGAUCGGGUUUAUAGAUGUUGCUGGACUUUAUUUUGCAUUGACACAAUUGACUCACAGGAAUAUUUCUCAGAAUCACAAGUCAAGCUGUUGGACUUGGAUGGGCUUUUGCUGAUUCAGUUCUUCAUAGAUUGGCACCCCUCUGGGUUGGUGCUAGAGGGUUGGAGUUCACUUGGGAGUACAUCCUGCAAGGCCUUGAAGCAAAUGCCAAUUUGGUAUUUAACUUAUCACUAGCAGCAUUGGGAUCUCUGAUGUGGCUGCGGAAAAGCAAACCCAAGACAUUGAUUCCCAUUAUAUAUACAUGUGCUGGGAUUGUAGCAACAAUGCCAUCCAUAACAAGCUAUCUGAAGCAGGGGAUGGGGUGGCAACUUCCAAAGGUCGUUGGCUUUGAAUUAUUCACCUCACUGGCCAUUGCUUUGGUCAGCUGGCAGUUAUUUUCUGCUUGCCAGAGGCCUUCCAUCUAAAUGUAGAACUUUGAGGUCAUAUUGUCGAACCAAUCCAAAUCUAUGAUUGCGCCACCUUCUUCUCUGCCGGGUGUUGGCUUCAGCUUUUAUUUUUCUUCUCUCAACAUUUGGAGAGUAUGUUGGCCAGCUGAUUUUUAUUAUUCACUUUUAACAGUUUUCAAUUUUCACAUUUUCCUGGCAGCUUGUGUGCAAUGAUAUGUGCCUGGCAAUGGUCAACUUCUAAUUACUUGUAAAGAAUAUACGCUUUCUUA